AUGUCAAACCCCAUCGUGUUUAGGGCAGUUCGACUUGCCCGUGGUCGAACCUUCGGAAAUGGACAGGAGGGUGUCGCACGGGGGCUUAAGUCGGGCAUCAGAGACAUGAUUUUACCAUCUACGGCGGCGACGAAAGAGAAACUCAAAACCAUUGAUGACCUACCGGGACCUAGUCUGGCUACAACUGUUUACUGGCUGUUCGUCAAGGGAUAUGCGGACAAGAGUCACGCAAUGCAGGUGGAGCACAAACACAUAUAUGGGCCCAUUUGGCGGUCUCGGUUUGGCCCGUUCGACAUAGUCAACGUCGCAACGCCGGAGCUGAUCGCCCAGGUGAUCCGUCAGGAGGGCCGUUAUCCGGUCCGCACAUAUCUGCCACACUGGAAAGAAUACAGGGAGCUGAGAGGCCAAGCCUAUGGGUUACACGUCGACACGGGAGAGGACUGGUACCGAAUCCGCAAGGCUCUCAACCCCAAGAUGCUAAAACUGCAGGAGGUGUCUGCGUAUGCCCCUGUCAUUCAUAACGUAGUGUCUGACCUGCUGAGGAGGAUAGAGCGUCUGCGACUGGGGAGCCAUGACCGGGCUACUGUCUGUGACCUGACCUCUGAACUCUACAAGUUUGGUUUUGAAUCGAUCUCAUCCAUCUUGUUCGAGACACGGCUGGGUUGUCUGCAGGAUGAGAUCCCUAAAGACACGCAACGCUUCAUAGCUGCCGUAAACGACAUGCUAACGCUCUCUGAGCCUGUCCUUUUCUUCCCAUGCUGGACGCGUGGUAUCCUGCCCUUCUGGUCUCGAUUCGUCCGGGCCUGGGAUGACCUCUACUAUGUGGCCAAGGGUUUGAUUGACAGGAAGGUGCAGCAGUUGAAUGAACAGGUGCAUUGUGAGGAGGCGGUCCAAGGGACGUAUCUGACUUACCUGUUGUCUAGUGAGAAGCUCUCUCUGCCAGAAGUGUACAUCAGCAUCACAGAGCUUCUGUUGGGAGGUGUGGACACGACAUCUAACACCCUGUCCUGGACGCUGUACCACCUUGCACGGGACAGAGCCAUCCAGGAGCGUCUCUAUAGGGAGAUAAUGUCAAUAUGCCCGGGGAGAAAGCUGCCCACUCCAGAGGAUCUGAGCGCAAUGCCGUACCUGAAAGCUGUCAUUAAGGAAACACUGAGAUUAUAUCCGGUCGUGUCCGGAAACGGUCGUCUCACAGUGGAUAACGAGAUUGUUGUGGACAAUUACUGGUUUCCCAAGGAGACACAGUUCCAUCUCUGUCACUAUGCUGCCAGUCACGAUGAGAGUGAGUUCCCUGAAGCUGAGCGGUUUCUUCCAGAGCGCUGGUUGAGGGAUGGUACCACACGUUUCCCACACCACCCUUACAGCUCCAUCCCGUUUGGGGUGGGGGUACGCGCCUGCGUUGGCAGGAGGGUGGCUGAACUGGAGAUGUACUUUGCCCUGUCUCGACUGCUGCAGCAUUAUGAGGUCCUACCUGUGGAAGGUGCCCCUGUGAUAGAGCCUAAAACCCGAACUCUGCUCAUCCCGUCUAAACCAAUCAACCUGCAUUUCCUUCCUCGAGACUGA